UGUCUCUUGUCAUUGCUCUUUAUCUUUCGCCCUUGGAAAUAUGGUUCUCGUUGACGGAGGAGCUCUGACCGUCCGCGAAUGCGCCGGUCCGCUUGCAAAGGCACCACCGUCCGUUUUGCAUCGGAUCGCCGUCAGAAAUCUGCUGUAAAAGGACCGGUCUAUGGGCCGUUGUGGGUGGUGGUGCUAGGGUUGGUGUAGGGCUGUCGGGCCAGCCAGCGGCGCCUACUGAGGCCAGCAGGAGCAGCAGCAGCAGCAGCAGCAACAGCCACCACCACCGCCGCCUCCGUUACUGGCGAGGGCCGAGGGAGGCGAAACCGCCGACACGAGCAGCAGGACGGCAGUGCAGUGUGUGUUGUGUGCGAGUGUACAUCGCUGAGUUUUUGUUGCGUGACCCCACUUCGCUUGAGCACUGACACUAAACCCUCAAAGGCCCGCCCGCCGGUAUCGGCAGGUGGCAGGUCGAGAAACGUUCCCAAGAGACAUGACGUCGCUGUCUCCAGGUCCUUCAUGAACCUGCCUCUGAAGGUCGGUUAGUCGAAGAAGCUGAGAGAGAGAGAGAUAGAAAGAGAAAGAGAGAGAGAGUGAGCGACGUCCCUUUAUCGCGUAGCUCCUUUGCCUUCGUCAUCCUCAUCACUUGACUGCCAAACUGUUGGCGGUCCUGUGAAGGCAUUGUUUUUGCGUCUCUGGAUUACGAGUGAAAGAGGCCGUCGCAUCGCCCUUGUCACGUCCUGGGCAGGUGAUUUCCUUACCGUCGGCCUCAAGUGUUCAUCACAGACCUCCGAAGCGUAUUCGGACUAAAGUGACAAUCGCAGCGUUUGUUUUUCUUGAAUGUAAAACGUUGUUGUUUGUUGAUCUCUUCGUGUUUGCUGUGUCAUUUUGCAAAUCAUUGCAAAAUUUGGAAGUGGCGGAUGUCCGAAAUAUAUGAAUUGCAUUGAAACGUCUCUCGCAGAAAGUGGAUUGCAUCAUCGCUUGAAUAGCUCUCAAGAAUUGAAAAUUAGGAAGUGAAUUACCGAAAAUUAAGAAGUGAAAUUGGAAAUACUUAGUCGUCAACCAUUCAUGAAGUGCAAGAGCCCAUGAAGUAAUCUCAAUAUUUUACCUUUCUUGCUGUAGUGAAUUUGACUCUUCCCUAAUCUCCUGGCUUCCACCCACAUCGCCCCUCCCUCCACUCGUAAAUUUUAGAUUUUGAUAGUUAGGCAUUGUUGCCAAGGAAGGCCAUUUUUCACAGGUCAUUUUUGUCCAUGCUAUUUUCACCUAACCAGUUUUUUGAAAUUUUGUCCCGAAGUGGACGACGUUAUUCGCUUUGAGGAGAGAGUAGAUUCAAGAGCUAUUUUUUUCACCCUUGAUGCUUGAAACCCAACCGCGUGGCUUCACGUAUUUGAAUAAUAAACCCCAAGUGAUACUGAGUAACUGAAGUGCCAUUCAGCGUCGUCAGUAGUAGCCGUCAACAGUCACCCUAGUUCGUGAUUUAGUCAAGUCGUCUCCUGAUGUGCAGUCCUUGUGAUGUGAUAGAAGUAGUCGUCACCUGAUGCCCUCGUAACUCAUCCCCGCUCCUCCCCAAGACGCAGAUCGUUGUUGAAGCUUCCUCGUAGCGGAGUCCUCCCCUCUCGAUGUCCCGUCACCAGUAAUAAUAAUAUAGAUUUGAUUGUCCUUGAAUGAGCCUUAAAUGAAUUUAGCGUUACUCAUUAUCAAACAAACGUAGUCGAUAAGUGAUUAGUAGGAAGCCGCUUUCACUCGCUUUUUUUAAAUGUCUCCCCCGAUGGUUCUCGAGGAACUAUUCUGUUGCUUUGAGAGCGAGUGAUAAAAACUUCUCUGCAAAGCAUCUCUGCCCCGUAGGACUGAUGUCAUAAUAAUAAUAAUAAUAAUAAUAAACAAUAGUAAUAAUAGUCGUAGCAGUGAUAGUCACACUUGUGUCUUUGGAAAAUGAGUCCUCUUAGAUGCCCUGCUGUUUUUUUGGUUGAAAUCGAUCCCACCGAGGAUCCUCGGAUUCACUCUGCAUAAUACAGACAUAUGUCAAUCGGCCAGCCAUUUUGAUUUUUCCUUGAUUUUUAGAUGGUAGUCUUCGCGCGCUCACGAGUCGCAGUAGUUCUGUAGCAAAGCUCGCCGUUGUUAGUCACGUCUGAUAGUCGUCCUCGUGAUCCCCUGGCCUAGCGUUUCUUGAUGUUGUAGCUUCUGUAGUGGUUUUGAAAGCAUUCGUCAUUGCUGCCUUUAGCGAAGAGUCACACAGGAAUUUCUCCCCCGCCAAUUUUCUUUUUUCCUUUGACAAAUUUAUUGUGUGCGCGCUUUCAGUGGUGAGAUUGCAAUAAAUAUUCGUCACUUGACAUCCCGUUUUUAGCAAGAAAGAGAAAGACAGACCAACCAUGGCUCUGAAUGGCACGGGUCUGGAGCCCCUCGUCACCACCAUCGCCUCGAUCUUCCUCUUCAACAACCUCACUGAGGAAGACUCUCCGGGGUUCAACCUCUCCUCCUCCUCCUCACUGACGCCGUCGAAUCCGUCGGCGACGGGGCCGGCGGACGGCUCCUCGAUGGACGCCACCGACCCAGCUUGGUCCGCGACGUCGACGGCCGCCGCCCCCUCGACUGUCGACCCGACGUUCUCGAGCACCUUCGACAUCAGGGAGGUGAUCGCGCGAGGUGGGGUCGACUUCGGGGAGUUCGGCGUCUGCUACAAUUGGCUGCCCAUCAACCACAUCUACUUCCAGCUGGCCAACAUCUUCCUCUUCCUGUCGUACUUGGCCCCGAACGGCAUCUACGGCAUCCUGUACUUGCGCAUCACGCUCACCAUCGGCUGCAUGUUCUUCAGCCUGUGGGGCUGGGUCAUCCUGUGCGCCUUCGACACCUUCCUCUGGAAUGCUAUAUUCGUCCUCAUCAACCUCGUGCACGUCAUCGUCAUCUGCUACUACCUGCGGCCCGUCAGGUUCACGCCCGAGCUCGAACAGGUGUACAGAAGCCUCUUCCAGCCACUGAAGGUAUCAAGACACCAAUUCAAGCGAGUCAUAAACUGCAUGAAGCUCAUUCGCUACGUCAAGUUUCAGGAGAUUUACGCUCAAGAGAAGAUAACGAGGGUAGACUCUCUCUCUCUGGUGCUUUCGGGAAGAUUGGUGAUCAGUCAGAAUGGGCGAGCUCUGCACAUCGUUUCUCAGCACCAGUUCCUUGACUCACCAGAGUGGUUUGGAGUCUCCACUGAUGAAUUCUUUCAAGUAUCAGCAACAGCUAUAGAAGAUUCCCGAGUUCUCAUAUGGCAUCGAGAUAAGCUCAAAUUGACUAUCAUGGGAGAUCAGUUCCUACAAGCUGUCUUUGACCACAUUCUUGGGAGGGAUGUUGUUAAAAAGCUAAUGCAGUUCCCGGAGGCCGUUGGCAGGACACCAAGCGAGGUGGAAGUGGAGGUGGACUCGGAGGUCAACGAGAGUCUGUCAGGGAUGAGCAAUGGCCACUGUGUAGCCAACCUUGCCGAUGACAGCGAGACAAAGCCGUUGCUGGUCGUCAAGAAAGGGGAAGAAUCAGGGAGCAUAACCGCCAUAAUCAACCGACAGUUGCAGGCACCCUUAAGGGCCGAGUCCAGAGGCCCACACCAGUUCCCUUAUUCUCCUUUCCAUCACCAUCUUCACCUACGGUCCACUAUUAUGAAGAAGGCUAAUGACACUCCUCCGUGGCGACUCGGACGCAUUGAGGAAACAGAUCAGGAGACUCCAGUAUGAGCCUCAUGAGUUAGGCUCACCACUUCUCAAUGCCUUCAAGCUCUUUGCCCCCCAGUUGGAGAAUGCAGAGCAUUAUCAUCAUCACCUUGUUGAGCUUUAGAUAUAAUCAUUAUCCUACAAACAAUGGAGAACUGUACCAUAAACUACCGGCCUUGACUCUUAACAGUGUUGUCAGAUAUGACAUGUUUUUAUGACCACAUCAAAAUUAGUAGUUUACUCAGGUUUCCUAAAGUGCACCAUCAGUUCUUCAACUUCGACAUUUGGUCAGUCAUCUUCAUAUCUCCACUGAUUAGACACUGGCUCCAGUGGCCCACUCCUGUUGUAAAUACAUUUUAUAAGUCAUUUAUAUACGUAUGAAAAUAUAUAUAAGGUGAAGUUUAGGAAAAUGAAAGGAUAUUUCUGAUCCUGAUUUUGUGAAUUUUAUGAAGACUGAAACUCUAUAUUUAUAAGUUGAAAGUUGCUGUUUAUAUUUAUGUUAAUAAACAUUUGUACGAAUUUUAUACAAAUUGUAUAUAUGGCUAUGAAACUUGGGCUGUGUGCUUACAUUUAAUAGACACUCUUGAACAAAA